AUGAAGCAACUGCACUCAGGCAAAAGAGAGGAACGGACUGGGUCCUUUUGCCACCAGGAAGUGGUGUGUCGUCAUCAUCCUGCUCAUGCUUUCCAGUUUGUGGUGGAGAAACGUGGAGGUCCGCAACGUGUAGAUGGACUAACAUUCUGUAAGUACGUGUUGUUUAUCAGUUAUUGAAUGAAUGGCAUUAAGGGCCCCGAAACGUUUUAACACGGCGCCUUCUAUGUAAUGACAAAACUGUCGCGAUCAUCGCAAAUUAGUCGGACAUCGAAGGAAAGUUGUUCCCUGUUAGCAAAGCUAAGGCUAGCUAGCAAGGACCAGCCAUUUAAAUCUGCCUUUUUCUAUCCUAACAGUUACUGGUUGCCGUUUAGUAAAUUCAAUUGUAUACCUAGCUAACGACAACUGCCAGCAGAGCGUGGUCUGUCAGAUGAGAUGAGAUGAUGAAAUGAGAUGAGCUGUGGUAUUGUGAUGAAUGGUUAACUGACUGAGAGAUAUCAUAGAAUUGUAGCUAAUUAUGGCUAAGUGUCGUGUAAAAAAACAACAUGAACAGGGAAAUUAGUACACUAGAUAGCUGGCCACCAUGUAUUGACUAUAAUCAAUACACAUUACCCAUGUCGAUGUGUUGCAUGACGUUUUUGUAUAUAAUCUAAAAAGUAAACAUAUUUGUCUGAUUCAUAACAUCAACCUGAUUUGUCUUGUAUCUAGAUCUCACUGCAACAUCCAAGCCAUUUAUAAUGGAGUACAUGCAAGCUCCUGCUACAAGCAGCCAGGGGAACAUGUAAGUAGAAUUUAUGAUCAACCUCCUACAUGCUACAAAUAAUCUGUCAUUUACCAUUGGUGUGAAUGUGUAGAUUCAUAGCUUUUUCAAAGGUAUCAGUUGGUACAGCACUAAUUAAGAAAUGGUUUCUCUCCUCUCCCCAGCCUGUGCUGCACCUGUGGCAUCCCCAUCCCCCCAAACCCAGCCAACAUGUGUGUGUCCUGCCUCAGAACCACAGUGGACAUCUCUGAGGGAAUCCCCAAGCAAGUCAAUCUGCACUUCUGCAAGCAGUGUGAACGGUACUGCGCAGACCACCAUCACAAGCCUGUCUAACUUAGUGCCACAGCUAAGAUGUAUAAAUCCCUGUCUAUUGCUCUUACUUGACCAAAGGAUUGUUAGUCAGUUAACUGUGGGAUCUUGCCAAGGCUCCAACAUUAGUUCAGAUGGAUUGAUAGCUCCUCUUUCUGUUCCAUGCAGGUACUUGCAGCCUCCAGCCUCCUGGGUGCAGUGUGCUCUGGAGUCCAGGGAACUGCUCGCCCUCUGCCUUAAAAAACUGAAGGGCAACAUGACCAAAGUGAGUAUCCCUUCCCUACUCUGUUCUAUUUAUAUUAAAACAUACACUUGUUCACAUUUUUCAACAGGGCUGUAGCCAUUCGCCUCAGAAAUUCAUGUGACCUCUCAAUCCAGGUGCGUCUGAUCGAUGCUGGAUUCCUGUGGACGGAACCCCACUCCAAGCGGAUCAAGUUGAAGGUGACCAUACAGAAAGAGGUGAGAUUGAGGGGAAGAGCCGAGUGGAGAAAUGAGAGGCAUGAGAGUGUGAUAUUUAAUAGAAGGGAUUAGUGUGGAUUAGGAACCUGAUCUGGAGGAUGUGUCCCACCGCUAAUGUCCAUGCUGUCAUUAUUUAAUCCAGGUGACAGUAAAGGGAUAAAGGGCUGACUGUAGUUUCAGAGCACAGUGAUUGGGUGAAGGUUAGCCAGUGGCUGUCAUCUUAACUUCAUGACCUUUCAGAGGAAACUGAGCUCCUCAGGGCCCAGGCCUUUGUCUGGAGUGUAGGGGGUUUUGUGUGAUCUUGUAUCUAGAUGCCCUUUAGUCACCAGAAAUAGCAGCACCACACCCUGAUGAAUAAAGUCUUACACAUCAGUGUUUCCCAAAUGGUGGGUGGGUAAUGAUUCGCUGCUGGGUCACAGCCAAUUCCCUUUGGGUCACAGCUUUCUAGCCCAGUUCUGGAUUUUAAAGUGUUUUAUUACAGUCCUGAACUAUGUUCUGAGUCAGUCAUAUAAGAGAAUAGUGGUUGAUGGUUGUGUGGUCUGUCCUGUCCAGGUGAUGAACGGAGCCAUCCUGCAGCAGGUGUUUGUGGUGGAGUUUGUCAUCCAGGGCCAAAUGUGUGACGACUGCCACCGUGUCGAGGCCAAGGACUUCUGGAACUCUGUGGUGCAAGUCAGACAGAAGGUAACACUGAUGAUUAUGAUUAUAUUAUUAAUGUUGCUCACCACAACAAUCGUUUUUAACAUGUUUGUAACCUAUUAUUGGUCUGGUCCUUUUUACAGACUUCUCACAAGAAGACGUUCUACUACCUGGAGCAGCUGAUUCUCAAGCACAAACUCCAUCAGAACGCACUCAACAUCAAAGAGAUCCAUGGUGGGUUUGGGAUAGAAUAUACUGCUCUAAAGUGGGGUUUUCAUCCAGGAAGAGACACCAGACCAUUCAAGCUUUCUAUUGACAUUGAUGAUUUUCUUAAUAAAGCUUUCCUAUCCCAGGCUUUAGAAGGGCAUGGCCAUGUGUUCAUAAUCAGUGUGGUAGGAUCAUAGUACUGAGCAUUCCAUUUACCAUGCCAACAAUGCUGUUUGACUCGGGUCCUAUUUUCAGUCACACACACACUGUGUAGUGAGAGAUAUUUCAGAAGCAGUGCCCAGUGCGGUUGGACCAGAUUGUAAGGGAGAAGCUGGCCUUUGACAGUUCGAUAUAAAUUACCUCCCUCUCUAGCCAGAGUAAAAAGCCUUGAGGCAUCAACAUGUGGCGGCCAUAUUUCCCCCCAGGGGCCCAUCUGGUCUGUAUUACUGAGGCUGGAGUAUUAAGUGUGUUGGAAUGGUGAUGACUGAGGUCGCGUGUGGUGUGUGCCUGUGAUUGAUUUAUUGACUGAGGACUGAUUUGUUUUUAAUCUUUGUCCUCUCUCAGAUGGUAUUGAUUUCUACUAUGCCACCAAGCAGCAUGCUCAGAAGAUGGUUGAUUUCCUCCAGUGCACAGUCCCCUGCAGGUAGGAACCAGUGCACCAGAGACCCUCCACUACGGGUAGAGAUUGCCCUGUAGUGACAAAACUCUGACCUGAGGUCAGUGUCUACGGGUGACAUCUCCUACUCUGGAUGGCUCCUUCAUGGUUAUUGCAUAAUACCCAUGCAAUGUUCAUUUGGUGUUGGGACAACAUGUUGACAUUUAAUUGAACAGUGAUGAGCUAGACCACACUAACCACAGUAAGUGCGGUCUGUGUGGCUAGUGCUACAAUUAUUCAAUGUCUAUAGACAUCUAUAUAUUUUUUUGAAAAAAUAUAUAUUUCUAGCUUAGCAUGGAGAUGAUUGAGAAAGUUGCUUAUAUUUUCUGACAAGAUAUUAUUGUAGUAUUGUCUUUAUGGUUUGUUUGUGUCACUCUGUCUUGUUUAGGUCGAAGACCUCCCAGCGCCUCAUCUCCCACGACAUCCACUCAAACACAUUCAACUACAAGAGCACCUACUCCAUUGAGAUUGUUCCUGUUUGCAAGGUAUGUAGCAUCUUCCUCAUAAAUACUGAAGGUCAAAUGCUCUACAUACAGUGCAUUCGGAAAGUAUUCAGACCCCUUGACUUUUUCCAUAUUUUUUUUACGUUACAGCCUUAUUCAAAAAUUGAUUAAAUUGUUAGUUUUUCCCUCAUCAAUCUACACACAAUACCCCAUAAUGACAAAGCAAACUGGUUUUUAGACAUUUUUGCAAAUGUACACUACCAGUCAAGUUUGGACACACCUACUCAUUCAAGGGUUUUUCUUUUUUACUAUAUUUUACAUUGUAGAAUAAUAGUGAAGACAUCAAAACUAUGAAAUAACACAUAUGGAAUUAUGUAGUAAACAAAAAAGUGUUAAACAAAUCAAAAUAUAUUUGAGAUUCAUCAAAUAGCCACCCUUUGCCUUGAUGACAGCUUUGCACACUCUUGGCAUUCUCUCAACCAGCUUCAUGACAUAGUCACCUGGAAUGCAUUUCAAUUAACAGGUGUGCCUUCUUAAAAGUUAAUUUGUGGAAUUUCUUAAUGUAUUUGAGCCAAUCAGUUGUGGGGGGUAGGGGGGUAUACAGAAUAUGGCCCUAUUUGGUCAAAGACCAAGUCCAUAUUAUGGCAAGAGCAGCUCAAAUAAGUGAAGAGAAAUGACAGUCCAUCAUUACUUUAAGACAUGAAGGUCAGUCAAUAUGGAACAUUUCAAGAACUUUGAAAGUGCAGUCGCAAAAACCAUCAAGCGCUAUGAUGAAACUAGCUCUGAGGACCGCCAAAGGAAUGGAAGACCCAGAGUUAUCUCUGCUGCAGAGGAUAAGUUCAUUAGAGUUACCAGCCUCAGAAAUUGCAGCCAAAUAAAUGCUUCACAGAGCUCAAGUCAUAGACGUAUCUCAACAUCAACUGUUCAGAGGGGACUGUGUGAAUCAGGCCUUCAUGGAUGAAUUGAUGCAAAGAAAACACUACUAAAGGACACCAAUAAAAAGAAGAAACCUGCUUGGGCCAAGAAACACAAGCAAUGGACAUUAGACCGGUGGAAUUUUGUCCUUUGGUCUGGAGUCCAAAUUGGACAUUUUUGGUUCAAACCGCCGUAUCUUUGUGAGACGCGGUGUGGGUGAACGGAUGAACUCUGCAUGUGUAGUUCCCACCAUAAAGCAUGGAGGAGGAGGUGUUAUGGUGUGGGGGUGCUUUGCUGGUGACACUGUCUGUGAUUUAUUUAGAAUUCAAGGCACACUUAACCAGCAUGGCUACUACAGCAUUCUGCAGUGAUAUGCCAUCCCAUCUGGUUUGGGCUUAGUGGGACUAUCAUUUGUUUUUCAACAGGAAAUGACCCAACACACCUCCAGGCUGUGUAAGGGCUAUUUUACCAAGAAGGAGAGUGAUAAUUAUGACAAAUGUACUAUAUUACGAAUUGGAUCACUAAAAAAUUCACCUUUUUUUUUGACAAAAUGUUUUAAAAAGGUAUAAUCUUCGUAAAUGAUAUCAUCAGUAGGACUGGUGGAGUUAUGUUGCACAUGCAGCUAACAAAAACGUAUGGAAAUGUCUGCUCUACCCCAAAUUACAACCAAAUAAUUGCAGCCUUACCGCAAAAAUGGAAGAGGAAAGUGGAAGGGGGAGAAUGUAAAGAACUUGUCUGUCGGCCUUGCAUUAAAGAACAUAAUUGGUUAAAGAAAAUUGUGAUAAAUAAAAAAGUAUAGCAGUUUCAUUUUAAGGACCAAAGGAUUGACAGCCGUCCCAUAUAGAUAGUUGGGAAGAGAUUUUUGACUUACCGAUCCCAUGGCAUAGUGUUUAUGAACUGAUACGCAAAACGACACCGGAUUCAAAACUUUUAAUCUUUCAAUUUAAAUUAUUAUAUAAAAUUCUUGCUACCAAUAGAAUGUUAUUUAUAUGGGGGAUACAAUCUUCCCAGCUCUGCAGAUUUUGCUGCGAAGAGACAGAACCUGGAGCUAACCUUGCAGAUAGCAUUACUGGGUGAUCUGAAAAGUCAUAGUCAAUCGAUCAAUAAUAUAAUAAUACUUUUAGCAAAAAUGUUUAUUUUCAAUUUACAAUAUGUAGAAACAAUGAGAAUAGAAAUGUUCAGAACUUUUGUAAAACAUCACAGUACAGUUGAAAAAUAUAUGGCAAAUAAAUCCUAUAUGGAUGGUGUUAAGAGAUAGAUGGGUGGUGUUGAAUGGAGUUGAAGGAUGGGACUAAUAACAACUAACAACAACUGAUAACUAGUAAUGUAAGCAUACUGUGUCCAUAAUAAGUAUAUAUAGGUUGUAGUUUGGGAGCUUUUGUGAAAGAGCACAGUUAGAAAGAUAUGGCAUAUAGAAGCAAACCGGAUGGCAUCAUGAAAAUGAUCGGAGAGGUUGAGAGUAGAAGUAGUUCAGGAGAAAAAACAAACAAAAUAUAAUUAUUGUAAAAUUGACUGUCCAUAAAAUGUAUAUAGUAAAUAUAAGCUGGAAGUAGAGGCCUAAGCAUUGUUGUUCACUAGUUUACUCCAAUUAGGGAAAGGGUGGUGGGGUUGGAAAGUAAUAAAGGGGAAUAUAUUUUUUAAGAAGGAGGAGGGAGAAAAAAAAGAGUGAUGGAGUGCUGCAUCAGAUGACCUGGCCUCCACAAUCCCCUGACCUCAACCCAAUUGAGAUGGUUUGGGAUGAGUCGGAAGGCAGAGUGAAGGAAAAGCAGCCAACAAGUGCUCAGCAUAUGUGGGAACACCUUCAAGACUGUUGGAAAAGCAUUCCAGGUGAAACUGGUUGAGAGAAUGCCAAGAGUGUGCAAAGCUGUCAUCAAGGCAAAAGGUGGCUAUUUGAAGAAUCCUAAAUAAAAUAUAUUUUGAUUUGUUUAACACUUUUUUGUUUGUUUGUUUGUUUACUACAUGAUUCCAUAUGUGUUAUUUCAUAGUUUUGAUGUCUUCACUAUUAUUCUACAAUGUAGAAAAUAGUGAAAAUAAAGAACCCCUUGACUGAGUAGGUGUCCAAACUUUUGACUGGUACUGUAAAAAACAACAACUGAAAUAUCACAUUUGCAUGAGUAGUCAGACCCUUUACUCAGUAUUUUGUUCAAGCACCUUUGGCAGCGAUUACAGCCUUGCGUCUUCUUGGGAAUGACGCUACAAGCUUGGCACACCUGUAUUUUGGGAGUUUCUCUCAUUCUCUGCAGAUCCUCUCAAGCUCUGUCAGAUGGAUGGGGAGUGUCGCUGCACAGCUAUUUUCAGGUCUCUCCAGAGAUGUUCGAUCGGGUUCAAGUCAGGGCUCUGGCUGGGCCACUCAAGGACAUUGAGACUUGAUCCCGAAGCCACUCCUGUCUCAGGUCCUGUGUGCUCUGGAGCAGGUUUUCGUCAAGGAUCUCUCUGUACUUUGCUCCGUUCAUCUUUCCCUCGAUCCUGACUAGUCUCCCAGUCCUUGCCGCUGAAAAACAUCCCCACAGCAUGAUGCUGCCACCACCGUGCUUCACCGUAGGGAUGGUGCUAGGUUUCCUCCAGACGUGAGGCUUGGCAUUCAGGCCAAAGAGUUCAAUCUUGGUUUCAUCAGACCAGAGAAUCUUGUUUCUCAUGGUCUGAGAGUCCUUUAGGUGCCUUUUUACAAACUCCCAGCGGGCUGUCAUGUGCCUUUUACUGAGGAGUGGCUUCCGUCUGCCCACUCUACCAUAAAGGCCUGAUUGGUGGAGUGCUGCAGAGAUGGUUGUCCUUCUGGAAGGUUCUCCCAUCUCCACAGAAUAACUCUGGAGCUCUGUCAGAGUGACCAUCAGGUUCUUUGUCACCUCCCUGACCAAGGCCCUUCUCCCCCGAUUGCUCAGUUUGUAGAAACAUCUCAAGGAUGAUCAAUGGAAACAGGAUGCACCGGAGCUCAAUUUCGAGUCUCAUAGCAAAGGGUCUGAAUACUUAUGUAAAUAAAGUAUUUGUUUUUUUAUUUUGAAUAAAUUAGCAAGAAUUUGUAAAUACCUGUUUUCGCUUUGUCAUUAUGGGGUAUUGUGUGUAGAUUGAUGUGGGAAGAAAAAAAAAUAUUUUAUCCAUUUUAGAAUAAGGCUGUAACGUAACAAAAUGUGGAAAAGGGGAAGGUGUCUGAAUACUUUCCGAAUGCACUGUAUAUCUUUAAGGUGCUGGGCUGAAACGUGGUUGAAUAGGUGAACAGAGCGCAUCUAUACUCAAAUGCUCAGGUACAAACAGUCCAGGGCAGACCUAUACAGAUUCCUUAUAACAGACACAGCUUCCCUUGGAUAGAACUGUGUUUUAGAAGAUGCUUUUGAACCAUCAAAUGAAAACUUAAUUAGAAUCAAUCUGGGUGUGUUUAGGUCAGGAAUCUUUACUCAAGCUUUUUUGUUAAGUGAAGGUUUCUCGUCAAUGCUCUUCUUUUGGAUUCGUGUAGUAGAUUAAUCUACUCAUAGGUUCCAACAUGUAGACUGAGUACACAAGCAUUGAUGCUUGGCUUCUGACCAUACAUGUGAAGAGUGAAUUUAAUUAAUAUCCAAUUCUAUCCACGUGUUUUUGUGCAUUUCUAUCCAAUGACUGAUUGAAGUAUUACAGCACUGGCAUAUUAAGUAAACGGAUAUGACUUAACAUUUUCAAGUUCAAUGAAAUGUUUUCCUAAUCAGAAUCUUAUUUUGCGUUUGUGAGACAAAUUGUAAACACGCUGAUGAAACAACCUAGCCGACCCCUUGUAUAACCAAACUGGCAAUGACAGCCUCUGUUAUUCAGAGGAGAUUGUUCAUGAAGGUUUAGCCUAAUCCAGAGUUGAAUGUUAAUCUCUCCUGUACUACAGCUGGCUGGCUUGCUGUCGGUUUCUCUAUGGAAUAAUCCGGUGGGGAGGGAGGUUCCAAAGUUCAGUCUGACCCCUGGUUUGUUUUGUCUCAUUCCCCAGGACAACGUGGUGUGUCUGUCGCCGCGUCUGGCUCAGAGCCUGGGGAACAUGGGCCAGGUGUGUGUGUGUGCCCGAGUCACCAGCACCAUCCACCUCAUCGACCCCAACACCCUGCAGAGUGAGUACAGUACACACCAGCACCACCUUUACUGUCGGCCCCUAGCUGCCAGGGGACAGAGACUGUUUCACCACAUGCUAUUCUGGCUACUGAAAAAUUGCUUUUAGAUAUAUGCUUUGCUUGAUUGAUUGAUGUUGAUAUGUUGACAAGUUCAACAUUGAAAGGUGAUUGGAUUUGUGGAUGAGUUUGUGCUUGUUUUGAUAUAAAGCAUUGUUACGAACCCCGUGGCUUUAAACGUCUAGGGUGGAUGGACAAGAGACCCGUAACAUAAUUCAUGCAAAUUAGAAUCGUGACAUGGAACAGUGAGAACAAAAACUACACGACAACCAUAAACUACCGUCAAACAUAAUUUUUUUAUUUUUGAACACACGGUAAAGGUUUGGGAAAAAGGGCUAAGCAGGACCCAAGAAAUGAAACAAUAGUGUAAAAAAAAACUAAACUGAUCUUGCCUGCCUCAAGAACCGCUAAGCUACUGCUAAUCAUACAAAAAUACAGUGGGUGGUCCGCUCAGGUCUAACUAGUGUUCUUAGACAGUUUUCCUACGGGUAAUGUAUGCCCAAGGGCAACUUGCUUAAAUUCCCCUUUUCCCAGAAACACACAACAAAGUUACCAAACAGAGUAACCAGCAAAUGAGUGAGUACACAGGACACCACAGUAUCCAUACUCACAUACGGAAAAUAGCCUCUUCUCUACAAACACAACUGACCGGCUUUUAAACAAUGGGAUGUGUGAUUGAAAAACCAGAAACAGGUGGUGCAAUGCAGAGGAAUGUCCACUGAUUGGUCCACCUCAGCAAUCAGCAGACACCCCAACGACCAUCAAUCAGGAACAUACAGGACACCUGUGAUUAGGGCAGAAGGAGAGGAAAAAGACACAGGAUACCUGUAUCCGUAACAAGCAUCAAAUGUUUACCAUCUGCUCCAUAUUUUUAGCAUCAGUUUUUGUUAGACUGAUGGAAUGUGAUUAUAUUCCACUUGACUUUAGUCUUUUGUACCUAACUGAACCCAGUAUCGUUUAGUGUGUCUGUUCACCACAUGCUCAUCACCAUCCUCUCACUCUCAACAGCCUCCCUCUGUGUCUAAUCAGGGCAUUCCACACAUGGCACACACACACUCAUUUCUUGUCAUUACUGCCUGUGUGCUGUGUGUAAAAAGAUUCCAUCUGUGAUUAAUUCUGAUAUUUUGAAAGGCAGGGCACACGUUUUUAAUUAGUGUUCAAAGAAAGGCUAUUUUUGCUCCAGAGCCGCCUUUCUCAACCUCAGCCUCUGGGCAGAACAAUGAUCCGUGCUAGCCAAAGCACUCGACUGCAGGAGGGGGUGAAGUUAAAAUAAAUCAAUGUAUCGUGCGUGCACACACAAGGAAAUUAUUGGUGUUGUUUUGAGCAGUCAAAAUUGAAACUGGACUUUCCAUAGAGAUAAACAUGUAAUUCUAUUUCUCCUGUCUGACCCCAACAGUCGCUGAGGUGGAUGGGGGCACAUACUGGCGCAACCCCUUCAGCAGCCUCGUUAGCCCACGGCAACUGGAGGAGUUCAUCGUCAUGGAUACUGAGGUCAUCAGGAACCAGAAGCUGGGGGCGGGAGCAGGCAUAAGGUCCAAUAAGGUAGGAGUUCUGAGGGAAAUGGGCGGUGAUUUGGAAUUGGGCAGAAGUGUGCAUCAUUAGCAAGAAUGCCUCAAUUUCAAGAGAAAUAAAUGCUGCUAGUCUGUUUCUUUAGAUGUUGUGUGUGUUCAUGCGUGCAACUUCCCUCACUCCAUGUGAGGAAAAACAUGUUCUAGUGUGUGUGUUGGCGAGACAGAUUGUUUGGGUUGAUACAGCAUGACUGCGGGUCUUUGGUGUGUUUGUGGCUUUAAUGAAAGUGGUGUCGAGCAGAUUGAAUUAUGGGGAACAUUUCUCUUUUCUUGGAAGAAAAAUCAAUAGUGAACCAUUACAUUGUUCCUGAAGCAGCACAUCAGAUUAGAGAAAAACCCUCCACAAUACAUGAAGUGUUUUGUGUAAAAUGGAACAGGGAAUGGGCUUGCUACGGUACGAUAACGAUCCACUCCCCCAUCUAAGGGUGUUGGAACACUAAACACCCUUCAUCCAUUUAGUGGAAAGGAAUAGAAGUAAGGGUGGUGCUAGGCUAAAUCUUGUGUGUGUGUGUUCUGAUUUGUGUGUUUCCAGCACACCCUGGCUGAGGUGUGGGUGCAGAAGACAUCAGAGAUGGACACAGCUCAGCAGUACCACUGUCGCACCCACCUGGGCCACCUGCUUAACAUAGGAGACAUGGUGCAGGGGUAGGUGAUUGUCAUGGGCUUCUAUACAGCUACACAACUCUUAAAUGUUCAUGUAACUUCUUGCUGUAUAAGAGAAUCAAAACAAUACCUAAUUAUUUUGCUUGUGAAGUAAGAUAACAUGUUAAGUCUUUUCACUUUUGUUUCCCUCUAGCUUUGACUUUGCCAAUUCCAAUGUUAAUGACGAGUUUCUGAACAAGAUGAACCCGAGUCAUAUUCCUGACGUGGUAAGAACCAGUACAUACCACUGUGUGCACACUCGUGUAUAUCCUCCAAAACAGGGAUCACCAACAGGUAGAUCUACCUGUAGCUCCCAGCCCACAUAUGAGUAGCUGCCAAUCAAUUCUGAAAGUACAUCAAUUUUUCCAUCACAUAAACAUAAAGCUCCUGGCUAAUAUCCAAUCAAAGCCACAUUGACAUGUUCCCACCCCUGGUUAGCCAACUAUUGGCUUAAAAAGUCAAACCUAACACACUAUCUGCCAAUUAAUUUCAAGCAAUGUUGCCCCUGUCUGUGUGUUUGGUGCGCGUGUUUGUCUAUCACUCCGUAUGUAGCCAGUUAGCGAUGCUAAUGAUAACGUAUUUUUUCUUCAAUUGGUUUGUGUUUGAGGUUCAACCCAACAUUGUGCACAUUUUUAUACAGAAGACUAGACAGACUUCCCCCAAAAACCUUCUCUAUUAAAUGUUAACCUCAAAGUAGGCUUACCUGACAGCUAUAAAUUAUGAUUAUUUGUUUCAAUUGGGGCCAUUGUUUUGCAAACUCUGCCAUGACACGCUGCUGCAGUAGGCCUAACGCUUUGAACACACCGACUGCGUCCUUGCGCAAAAUAGUAUGCAGCAUCAUCUAGAUAUGUGUGCAACUAAAGUUCAACAUUCACCUUCUGCUACCAUUUCUGUCAACACGUUUACGCAGACAGUUUGACGCAUACGUUCGAUAAAUCCAAAGUAUGCACCACACAGAACGCACUGCAACUGCCUCUGCAACGCAAUGCUGCGAGGCAAACGUAGCGUUCCAUUGGAAAUGAAUUUACAUUUACGUCAUUUAGCAGACGCUCUUAUCCAGAGCGACUUACAAAUUGGUGCAUUCACCUUAUAGCCAGUGGGAUAACCACUUUACUUUAAAACCACUUUUUUUUGGGGGGGGGGGGGGGGGUAGAAGGAUUACUUUAUCCUAUCCCUGGUAUUCCUUAAAGAGGUGGGGUUUCAAGUGUCUCCGGAAGGUGGUGAGUGACUCCGCUAUCCUGGCGUCGUGAGGGAGCUUGUUCCACCAUUGGGGUGCCAGAGCAGCGAACAGUUUUGACUGGGCUGAGCGGGAACUGUGCUUCCGCAGAGGUGGGGGGAGCCAGCAGGCCAGUGGUGGAUGAACGCAAUGCCCUCGUUUGGGUGUAGGGACUGAUCAGAGCCUGAAGGUACGGAAAUGCCGUUCCCCUCACAGCUCCGUAGGCAAGCACCAUGGUCUUGUAGCAGAUGCAAGCUUCAACUGGAAGCCAGUGGAGUGUGCGGAGGAGCGGGGUGACGUGAGAGAACUUGGGAAGGUUGAACACCAGACGGGCUGCGGCAUUCUGGAUGAGUUGUAGGGGUUUAAUGGCACAGGCAGGGUGUACCAAAACGCAAUGACGCAGUUGGUGUGUUGGAAGCGUAACAUGGCUAGACCCACACAUUCCUCUCUUGCUAGAUGCGCAAUUUAAAGGGGAAUUACACACACUUUCCAGACCUCAAAAAUGGUCUUCUGGUGUGAUGUAAGCAUUGACAUGGACUCAGAACAUCAAUUUUCAUUGUUUCUCUAUUAAUAUUUGUAAUAUUGAGAGUAGAAAACAUUACAAAAAAUCCCAGACCAGAAAAAAUACAACAGAAAACAGUUCUGGAAAAUACAAAAUAUUAUUUUAUGGGCCUGUCAUGCCAAAUACUGUUUAUCAACCAUUAUUCUGCCAGGUAUAUUGACAGAAAACACAUCUCUUGUACACCAAGGACCCUGGGACGAGUUAGAGGAGAAGGGAACAAUGUGCCUAUUUCGAAUAAAAUAAAUUGUAGCUCGCAAGUUAAAUGUUUUCAAAGUAGCUCUCAUGCUAGAAAAGGUUGGAGAACCCUGCUCCAAAACAACAGACCUUUGACAAUGUACUGCACUGUCUGCCUUAGUUCACAUUGCCCCCUGGUGGACAUUGUGGUAUUGGCCAGAUUUUAAUGUUUGCUGCAUUGAGUUGAAAUGUCAAUUCUCUAAUGGAAACAUUGGCCACCUGACCAAAUACUAUUCACUUGCAGCACAUGACUGCAAAGGACAGAAUACAUAAUAACAAAACAAAAUCAAUGCAUGUAUUGAAGCCAUUUGAACAUGCUUGUUGUGGACUUGCAGGUGCUGAUCAAGAAGAGCUACAACCGCAGCAAGAGGGUGAAGCGCAGGAACUGGAAGCUGAAGGAGAUGGACAAAGACAGAGAGGGCAUGGCGCCUGAAGACGAGAGGUAAGGAGGAGAGGAGGAACUGAUGAGCGAGGAGGAAUGUAGAGGGGGAGAAGCAGGAAGGGAUGAGGAGAGAGAACUGAGAGUGAAGGAUGGAUAUGCACUAUAUCCAGGUGAUGACUUUGUAAGUUGUGAAAGGUGUCUUGUCUACAACAUUGGAGGUGAUUUAUAUAUUGUUCUCCUCUCUUCCUGUUUCAGACAAUACCAGGACUUCCUAGAGGACCUGGAGGAAGACGAAGCCCUGAGAAAGAACGUCAACAUCUUCAGAGGUGAGUGGGACCACAGCUUUCUGCUUCUCUUUAUAGUUUUUCUUGUGAGAACCUGUCUGUUUCCCCCAAUUGUCACCCAUAGCUUUCUAUUGAUCCAAUUUAGCUGUAGCCUCAUGAAGUUGUGUUGUUUUGUAUUGCAGAUGCGUCUAAGAUCCCAGUGGAGAGUGACACGGAUGACGAGGGCGCUCCUCGGAUCUCUUUGAUGGAGAUGCUGGAGGACCUCAGCCUAACAGACGCCACCGGGGGAGAGGGAGCCGACAUGCUGACCGAAUAGACCAAUCGCCGGCUUACAUCCACGUAAUGACUGCUCAGACCAAUCAGGGUCUUACUAAUAUCAAUAUGAUGUUUGACUAGACAAAUGGGAAUCCUACUAAUAACAUGAGUGAUUAGUAGUCCAAUAAGAAUGGUAAUGCCACCCGUUGUCAGCUACCAUUGCAUACAGUCUCCCCCCAACAGCAGCCAAUCAGAAUGCUGCAGACUGGUCACUUCUGAGGUUGCUGAGUUAUUGAUGGGACCCUGCCCUUGUUUACCCUUCCCUGUCUCCAUAUUAGAGGCGGUGGUUUGUGGUGAUGUUGAAAUGAAGUGUUGUUCUAGUACAUCAAAUAAAACAAUCUGGUUACAAUA